UGACAGAGUAGAUUUUUAUACGCACGCGUCUUUCCGUUUCUCCAACACGAAUCGACGGCCGCGAAAUCGUUAGCGAUUACGUCGUAAUGUCGUGCGCUUAAUAAGCAAAUAAUGUCUGUCGUUUUGAGAGAGAAAAAGAUGAUAUUGCUCGACGUAUAGUGUAGUAGGGCAAACAUGUGUCAGCAUUCCGCUGGAUAACUACGACGCGAUUCUAGCUCUGAUGAUGUCAGAAGAUUUUAAUUGGAGAGUUCGCGUACGUACUGCUUUGCCGAGAUGAAGCGAUUUAUUAAUGAGCGUUAGCGUCAUCGUGCGGCGUGCGGUUUUCCUAAGAAUAAUCUAACAGAGUUCUUAUGAUUCUAUGGCGCCAACUGUGCGUCAAUUGCGAAUUAAUUCUAAAUGGCACGUAGCUUUGCGCGCAAGGUGUUCCAGACGUAUAGUGUGACUCAUUUUACAUCGCUCCUCGAAUCUUCGAUUGAAGACAGUUGUGAAAAACUUUUUUAACUUUGAAGUUAAUUAACGCGACUUUAUCUCGGAGACUUUCUCGCUUUUUCUUAGAAGUGACGCGAUGCCGCGAGUCUGACGAUUAGAAAUUCAACGUUGGAGAGAGGAAGGCUUCGAGGAUGAGAAAGGAAUUCAGCUUGUAGUUUCGUGGAAAUGAGGAGUAAUCGAACGCGGUUAGCAUAAAGUGAUCUAAUCCUUUCGCAAGAUAAGACGGAGGAAGCACGGCCGCGUCGCUUGCGAGAUGCGGGAUUGCAAGUGCGAGCAUCGUCGCGUCAUUUUCAUUCUUCGCUCUGGCCGUGGAUUACUUAAUGCGCGGACAGAGAAGCAAACUUUCUCUCUCGGUAACUCCAUGCGCUUUCGAGACGAUAUACCGGUGCGUGACCGAGAGUUUCGCAGGUAAAAGGGAAUGGGAUACGGCACGGAAAUGGAUGGCUGCGGACGUUUCAUGAAAUAUUCCCUGUUCUUCACGAACUUCGUUAUCUUCAUUGGCGGGAUUGUCGUAACGGGUUUGGGCGUGUGGGCCUUGGUUGACAAAGUACCAUGGAUAGGCGAACUCGUUGGAAACGAUCUGUUAACCGGCGCAGUUUACGUUUUACUGGUCGGCGGAAUCGUCGUGGCGUUUAUCGCCUUCUUCGGAUGCGUCGGUGCGUCGCGGGAAGUCAAGUGUAUGCUUCUGACAUACUUCAUAAUCGUAUUCCUGCUGUUUGUGACUAUGCUCAUCGGCGGCGUCCUGGGGUACGUUUUCCGCGAGAAAUUGCUGGGCACGCUCGACAGAGAGAUGAAAAGUUCGCUCCGACUUUACGAUCAUCGUAAAUCCAUUCGUGACGCCUGGGACACCACGCAAUCGACGCUCCACUGUUGCGGCGUUAACAGCUGGAGGGACUGGGGAAGCUUCGGCCUUAAUGUCCCAGAGAGCUGCUGUCGAGAAAUUCAACCUGGCCAGCGAUUCCACUGCAACGCCGGCCCAGACACAGUAAAUCCCUCCAACGCUUACGUGGAGGGUUGCAUCAACGGAACGCGAAUCUACAUGCAGCAACAUGCGGCCGUUAUGGGUGGCGCUGGUAUUGCACUUGCAUGUCUCAUGUUCUUCGGAAUGAUAUUCUCCUGCGCACUCUUUAAAAUGAUCGAAUGACAGCAGGACAACAAUACAGUCUGAGGCUGAGGCAGUUUUCGUAAAAGAGAAGAAGGAAGUGGUGAGUCUUCGAAAUUUACAGAAGAUUCGCGCAACUUUACCAAUCAAUAAAAUUACUUGUCGCCAUAAACGCGGUUGAUUACACCGUGACAAUAAAAAAAACUGAAUCUCCAUCCAAUUGUACAGGUCUCGCUAAUUUGUUACACAUAUGUAGCAUUACGCAUUAUGAUUACCAUUACUCUUUACAUUUUUUAUGUAAUUUAUACGUUUAAGAUAUUUUCAUUUAGUUACAUACAUAUAUAUAUAUAUAUCACUAGUGUGUUAGUGCAUCGUACAUUAUAUGUAUUUUGUGCCGUAAUAAAUACAAUAUGUAUAUAUAA